AUGCCAGGACCCGUCGCAGAGACACUUCCAACCUCCAAGAAGGCACAGGAGCCCGUUGACAUGCAGAAGAUCUUCCACUACACCGACAUCGACACCUCCAGGCCCACGCGUGUCGAGGACCCGUACGACUACCAAUGGGGCUUCGGGAAUCGCUUCCAAAGCGAAAUAAUCCCAGGCACGCUUCCCGUGGCGCAGAAUCACCCACAGGUGCCCCGAUUCAACCUGUACGCUGAAGGCCUCACGUCUUCAUCAUUUACCGCAAGCAGGGCCGCCAAUGCCAGCACGUACUUGUAUCGCUGCCGGCCCUCGGUCGCAAAUCACGGCUUCAAGCAUGGCGUGCUCGAGUCCAGAGCACAUGUGGAAAGCUGCUUCCUGUCUGUCAACCCUAAGGUCAAGAUGAACCCGGCACAGAUCGAGUGGGCACCCUUUGACCUUCCCCAAGAGGGUGAGGAAAUUGAUUUUGUUGAUGGCCUGCACUCUCUGGGUGGAUCAGGAGAUGCCAACAUGCGAGACGGCCUCGCGCUGCAUGUGUUCAUGAUCAACGCCCGGAUGGCUCGAAGGGCGUUCCUGAACGGAGAUGGAGAGUUCUUGAUUGUCGCCCAGCUGGGCAAUCUCGACAUUCAGACGGAGAUGGGCAAAAUCUACCUUCAGCCUGGCGAGAUCUGCGUGAUCCCCCGUGGAAUCAAGUUCUGCCUGAACCCAGCUGAAGGUUUGAAAGAAGCACGGGGCUAUGUUCUGGAGGUUUGGGGCUCACGAUUCGAGUUGCCCGACCUGGGCCCCAUUGGAGGGUACGGGAACGCCAAUGCACGGGACUUUGCAUAUCCCGUCGCUUACAUGGACGAUCCGGAAGAGCUACAUCAACAGUGGCACAUCGUCGAGAAGAUCAAUGGGGAGUACCAUGUCUUGAUGCAGGACCACAGCCCGUUCGACGUCGCGGCGUGGCAUGGGAACUGCUUGCCAUACAAGUACGACCUUACCAAGUUCGUCGCACAGGGCAGCACGUCUGUCGAUCAUACGGAUCCUUCGAUCUGGACCCUCCUGACUGCACGCUCCCGAGACCCCAAUGUGCCCCUGGUCGAUUUCAUCUGGUUCGGGCCGCGCUGGGACGUCGCCAUGAACAGUUUCCGCCUGCCAUAUUUCCACCGAAAUAGUGCCAGCGAAUUCAUUGCGAACAUCUAUGGUGCCUCGGGUGGACGGAGUGCAAACUUCAAACCAGGAGGAGGCGUGUACGAGGCGGGCCACACAGCGCAUGGCGGGGUCGGGGACAUCUACAUCGUGGAACGGAGAAAGAAGAGGAAUGAGCCGAGAAUCUUGUUCCAGGGCAUGAUGACCUUCAUGAUCGAGUCAUCACGGUCCCUCCUCUUCACUGAAUGGAGUCGUGAGCACAGCACCAUGGACGCCACGCCGCCCGAAGUCUGGGACUCGGUGCCUGACCAGUUCUCCACUGAUCCAAAUGUCCGGGCCCUGCUGCAACGGGUGAAGAAGCAAAAGGCAGAGAGAAAAGCAGAGGACGAGGUAUAUCACGAUGACGAGCGAAUAGAAGAGCUUCUGGGCAAAGUCGUCGUAGCUCAGCAGAAUGGGAGUGAGGCAAUGAAUGGGGCCUCUAAGCAUGUGUCUGUACAGGCGAUUCCUUCUGAGGCUAAUGUGUAG